AUGCGGAUACACGCACCAGCAGCAGUAGCAGUAGCAGCAGCAGCAGCAGCAGCAGCAACACCAGCAACAGCAGUACCAGCAGCAGCACAAGCCGCAGCAGCAGCAGCGCUCCUGCUGCUGUUGGCCCCACAACUGUACGUAUACCUGCAGCAGGAGCCUCAACAGUAUCGCCAGCAUCUGAUUCCGCAUCAGCAGCAGCAGCAGCAGCAGCAGCAGCAGCUGCUGCUGCUGCUGCUGCUGCCUCUGGUGCUGCCGACUGAGCAGCAGCAGCAGCAGCAGCAGCAGCAGCAGCAGCAGCAGCAGCGGCAGCGGCAGCAGCAGGGGCAGGGGCAGGGUGGAGAGGGGGAGGGGGAAGGAGAGGGAUUUGGAGCUGCUGCUGCUGCUGCAGCAGCAGCAGCAGCAGCUGCAGCAGCAGCAGCAGCAGCAGCAGCAGCGGGGCACGAGCAGCCGCUGCUGCGGGUGCGGCAGCAGACAGAGCAGCAGCAGCAGCAGCAGCAGCAGCAACAGCAGCAGCAGCAGCAGCAGCAGCAGCAGCAGCAGCUGAGGCACGAGCAGCCGCUGCUGCGGGUGCGGCAGCAGACAGACAGCCGGGACAUGCAGCAGUAUUAUUUAGCUUCUCUAGAUAUGGGGGGGACGGUUAGUGCUGCUGCUGCUGCUGCUGCUGCUGCAGCACGAGCAGCAGAAACAGACCCGGAUAUUGCAGCAGCGUGGCAGCAGCAGCAGCAGCAGAUACAAGAACAGCAGCAGCAGCAAACCCUAGUGCAGCAACGACGACAUCUACAACCUGAAACCAGCAGCAACAGCAGCAACAGCAGCAGCAGCAGCAGAAGAAGCUCCCUCAGCAGCAGAGAUGUCUCUCCUUUUCUGUCUGACGCAGAAGAGGAAAACGAAGCAGCAGCAGCAGCAGCAGCAGCAGCAGCAACAGCAGCAGCAGUGGGGUGUAUAGCCAUCAUCCCCCCCCUCGAAUGCUACUGGAUAUACCGCAUCUCUCUCUCCUGUCACGGCCUGCUGACUCUCUGCCGCCCCACACAACCUCAGCAGCAGCAGCAGCAGCAGCAGCAGCAGCAGCAGCAGCAGCAGCAGCAGCAGCAGCAGCAACUGUUGCUGCUGUGGAAGCUGCAUGCACCUUCUCUCUCCUCGCUGCGGCAGCAGCGGCAGCAGCAGCAGCAGCUGCAGCAGCCUGAUGCCUUCGAUUGGGGGUCGGCCGAUCCCCACCGCCUGUGGCAGCAGAUGCUGCUGUCUUUGCAGCUUCUCCUUUUAUGCAGCAAACUAUACACAGCUCAGGACGCUGCUGCUGCUGCUACGGAUGCUGCUGCAGCUACUAAUACUGCUGCUGCUGCAGCAGGAGCUGCUGCUGCAGUUCCUGCUGCUGCUGCAGCUCCUGCUGCAGCAGCAGCAGUUGAAGCGACAGUCCCAUCUGCUGCUCUCCCUGUUGAUGAUACGCCUUCUACAGGCUCAGCAGCAGCAGCAGCAGCAGCAGCAGCAGCAGGAUCAGCUGCAGCUGCUACUCCCCACGAUGAAGCUGCAUCUGCUGCUGCUGCUGCUGCACCUGAUGCAGCAGCAGCAGCAGCAGCAGCAGCAGCAGCAGGUUCCGUAGUGUCUGACUCGAGCGCAGAGGGAAGCGCCGGCCCCCUUGAGGCGGAUGAAGAGGCGGCAUCGUUGCUGCUGCUGCAGCAGGGCAACGAUGCUAGCAGCAACAGCAGCAACAGGAGCACGAGCAGCAGCAGCAGCAGCAGCAGCAGCAGCAGCAGCAGCAGGUGGUCCACUGGCAUGCGCAGCAUGGAGUCGAUGACAACCCACACAGGGUCCCGCAGGAGUAGCUCCCUGGAUACAGGCAGAAAAAGGCUUAGCAGCAGCAGCAGCGGCAGCAGCAGCAGCAGCAGCAGCAACAGCAGCAACAGCAGCAACAGCACCGGUGGCGGCGACGAAAGCGGAGGCAACAACAACAGCAACAGCGAGGGUAGCAGCAGCAGCAGCAGCAGCAGCAGCAGCAGCAGAGCAUAUCAGCAAGAAGAACCCGCACGUAUUGAAACCGCGCCUGCUGCUGCUACUCCUGUUAGCAGCAGCAGCAGCAGCAGCAGCAGCAGCGGCACGCCCAGCAGCGGCAGCAUGCCCAGUAGCAGUAACAAUACCGACACUUCCAGCAGCAGCAGCAGCAGCAGCAGCAUUCCCAGCAGCAGCAGCAGCAGCAGCAGCAACCCCAACACGAGCAGCAGCAAUCCCAACCCCAACCCCAACCCCAACCCCAGCAGCAGCAGCAGCAGCAGCAGCAGCAGCAGCAACAUGCAUGGUGGUGUAUGCCGUUUGUCUGUGUGCGGGGCGUACACGCUGCCCCGGAGCGCUUUUUUCGCAGAGUUCAGCGCCAAGGGUUUAAUAUCUGUGUUAUGUGGAGAAAACGAAACAGCAGCAGCAGCAGCAGCAGCAGCAGCAGAAGCAAAAGAUGUACUCUGGGGCCCCGGGGGGUUUCCCCCUAGGGCCCCCCACUACAACCCCUUCAGGCGCAGCCUGGCGGACUGGCUUGUCUUUGACUUAGAUAGAGUGCAGCAGGAGGAAGCAGCAGAAGCUGCAGCAGCAGCAAAGGCAGCAGAAGCAGCUGCAGCAGCAGCAGCAGCAACUACUGCUGCUGCUGCUGCUGCUGCUGCAGCUAGGGAGCCAGACGAAGCAGCAACUGCUGCUGCUGCUGUUGAGGUGUAUGAUGAAGCAGCUAGGGAGCCAGACGAAGCAGCAACUGCUGCUGCUGCUGUUGAGGUGUAUGAUGAAGCAGCUAGGGAGCCAGACGAAGCAGCAACUGCUGCUGCUGCUGUUGAGGUGUAUGAUGAAGCAGCUGUUGCUCGGCGGCGCUCCCGCGGCUGCUGGUUCCGCCAAGCAGCAGCAAAAGAAGCAAGCGAGAUGAGCUAUAGACCUAUUCAAGCUUUCUAUGAGCCAGCAGCAACAGAGUGGAGACAGCAGCAGCAACAAAGAGCAGCAGAAGAAGCACAAAAAAAACACACCAUCAAAACGUAUAGAAAGGUCAUACUCUGCUGGAUAGAAAAACAAAGAAGAAGAAGAUACCAAGCAGCACUACAAGCAGCAGAAAAGGCAGCAGCAGAAGCAAAAGCAGCAGCAGCAGCUGCUGCUGCUGCUGCUGCAGCAGCGAACCAAGACGUGCAGCCGACGCAAACAGCUCCAAGCGGAACUCAACCCGCCUACAAGGAACCAACCAGCAGCAGCAGCAGCAGCAGCAGCAGCAGUAGCAGCAGUAGCAGGACCCCCAGCAGCAGCAGCAGCAGCAGCAGUAGCACCCCCAGCAGCAGCAGCAGCAGCAGCAGCACCCCCAGCAGCAGCAGCAGCAGCAGCAGCAGCACUUCCAGCAGCAGCAGCAGCACCCCCAGCAGCAGCAGCAGCAGCGUUAGUAUAACGGGUGAGGGUAUGUAUGAGUGGUGGCCGUCUGGCGUUCGUCUGCAGGCUCUGCGGCCUUUGUGGAGUGUCGUUUGGCUGCGAGAGAAAACAAACGCAUGGGCGUUGAUCGAUUGGAAAGCUGUACAGCUUUCGCCUGCGGGAACACUCAUUGUUUCAGACUUUGCUCACCCUGAUGCCUCGCCUCUUUGUCCUUUUGCGUGUUUAUAA